UCCUGCCGGUAUCGUUUGUAUGUAGGCUUCGUAGAUUCGUCCAACUGCCUGGCUGCUUGCUUGCCUGACUGCGUAUCCUAUCGUCGUCGUCGUCGUUGUUGGUUGUUAAACAAGUCCCUUCUUUUCCCUUUCCCUCUCUCCACUCUUUUCUUUCCUUCCUCCCUUCUUUCUUCUCCCUAAAACCUCUCUUUUCUUAUAGAGGAGAAGGGAAAAAGAGGAGUAUACUGCUUAUAUCCUCGUCCACCUAAAAAGAAAAGAGAGACUAAUACUCUUCUCCCGUUCCCCUCUAGCUGCCUACGUCUUCUCUAUGUCCUUUGCUAAACAGAUAUAUAUAUAUAUCUACCAACUCCCUAGUUUAGCUUCCAACAAACCCUUCUUCUCUUUUCUUCCUUCCCUCUUUACAAGACAGCAACUGUUUCCUUUUUUCCUUUCCCUCUCUAAAUCUUCCACUCUUAUAUAUAACACAAAAAAAAAAGGCUCUUGUCAGCCAGCCGUCGCAGCGCAGUCCCGUUUCGUUUUCUAG